AUGCCAUUCGGUUGUUGGAAAGGUAUAAUGAACCGAGUGCUCGGUUUUACGACUGGCUUUCAAGGUUCUGAUCUGCAACUGGCAGUUCAAAAGGUUAGAUGUGUAUCGCAUGACAGCCGUGAAGCUAAGGUCAUGGUCAUCUGCAUCAACCCUUAUGAUCAACGGAUCGUUGGAGUUGACUGCAUGGAGAUUAGAUGGGUUUCUCUCCAGCCUAUAGGGUCAGCAGAGUUGUGA